AUGUCACAGGUUUAUUCUACUAAUCAACUUUUUUGCAGACAAACUGUCAACAUGCCUACAGACUGUGAAAAAACCAUCGAUGAUAUAGAAGACAUAAUAUCUGCCAAUGAUGUAACUGUUGAAGAUAGGAUAAAAGCCAAGAAACAUGUGAUGCCUCGAGCGAAGAAACACUUGAAAGACAAAAAUAAAUCAACUAAUUUAAAAGUUGUAGGAGACAGUUAUAUUCCAGGUAACCAAUCAAUAUUUGUUAAAACCUGGGGAUGUUCACAUAAUAAUUCAGAUAGUGAAUACAUGGCUGGCCAGCUAGCCACUUAUGGCUUUAAAAUCACAGAAUCUAAAGAAGAUGCAGAUCUGUGGUUAUUAAAUAGUUGUACAGUCAAAAAUCCUGCAGAAGAUCAUUUUCGUAACGACAUAACCCUAGCUAAUAAACUUGAUAAACAUGUAGUUUUGGCAGGCUGUGUACCACAAGGACAUCAGAAGUCUGAAUAUAUGCAGGGAUUAAGUGCUAUAGGUGUCCAACAAAUUGACAGAGUUGUAGAAGUAGUAGAGGAAACAUUAAAAGGCAACACAGUGAGAUUUUUUAGUCAGAAAAAAGAAUCUGGUAAAAAGACAGGAGGAGCAACUCUUGAUUUACCCAAAAUCAGAAAAAAUCCCCUAAUAGAAAUCAUUGCCAUCAAUACUGGUUGUUUAAAUCAAUGUACAUAUUGUAAAACAAAACAUGCUCGUGGUGAACUGGGCAGUUACAGACCUGAAGCCAUUGUAGAGAGAGCUAGACAGUCUUUUAAAGAAGGAGUAGUUGAGGUAUGGCUAACAUCAGAAGAUUUGGGAGCAUAUGGUCAUGAUAUAGGGGUCACUCUACCUCAGUUACUAUGGCAACUGGUAGAAGUUAUACCUGAAGGUGCCAGAAUGAGAUUGGGAAUGACCAAUCCACCAUAUAUUUUAGAACAUUUGGAGGAAAUGGCUAAAAUAUUAAAACAUCCGAGAGUUUAUUCCUUUCUACAUGUACCAGUACAGACAGCUUCUGAUAGUGUUUUAAUGGACAUGAAGAGAGAAUAUUGUGUGGAAGAUUUUAAACAUGUCGUCAAUUUUCUUAAAACAAGAGUACUGGAUGUAACUAUAGCAACAGAUUUAAUUUGUGGUUUUCCAACAGAAACAGAAGAGGAUUUUGAAGAAACGAUGCAGUUGGUAGAUGAAUACAGAUUUCCAAGUUUAUUUAUUAAUCAAUUUUUCCCUCGACCAGGAACACCUGCUGCUAAAAUGCCUCAAAUAGACAGACAAAUAAUAAAACAGAGAACAAAAAGAGUAUCUGAAUUAUUUCAGUCUUAUCAACCUUAUAAUCAUAAAUUAGGUCAAGUACAGUCAGUCUUAGUAACUGAAAUAUCUCAUGAUGGACAAUAUUAUGUAGCACACAACAAAUCAUAUGAUCAGGUUUUAGUUCCUAAAGAAGAAGAUCUUAUGGGUAAAAUGUUGGAAGUUGAAAUAAUUGAAACUGGAAAACAUUUUAUGAAAGGGAGAUUACUCACAAGAGGAAAGAGACCACUGAAUGUACCUCCUCCAAUGAAAAAGGGGGAAGUUUCUGGUAAACCGGUGGUGUCUUACAGUGAGGUAAGAGUUUUAUUUUGA